AUGGCGUCCUCGGCCAGCUCAGAUGAGGGGGAGAUUCGAGAUCGGGAUAGCAGUGUAGAGAAGGCAACUACGUCGCUGCCGAAUUUCAAUGGCACUUCCGUUGACCCUCAAGACAGAAACCGAUCUAGCAAGUCCACUUCGAUGUCGCCUGAACAUGGCUACACCCCAAGGGGCAGGAGAUCCCUCGAAGGAAGCAAAUCCCCAUACUCUGACCGUCCAUCUCGAGGAUCCAAAAGAUCUCGAGACGAUGAUUACUCUGAUAGACCACGCGAUCCACGCCGAUUCAGGGUUCAUUAUGAGGACAACGCUACCUCCGAAUAUAAACGCCACCCUCGCGCACCCUACGAAGACCUAGAUAGAGGAUCUACCGCAGCUUCAGAUCUGCGAUAUGACGAUCAUGAUAGAUACCUUGAGAAACGUCAUCGGACGCGGAGUAGAUCGCCAUAUCGGCGGCGUCGCGGCGCGGAGGAAUAUAGUCGUAAUGGCCAGCCACGAAGGGAUGCAGACCGCUUUAAUGGUUAUAGAGUCCGGGGGGGUCAUGGCUCUAAUAGCUAUCGGGAUGUGAACAACCGGGAGUUUGUGGACCAGUCAGUGAGCAAACGGGGACAAAGCCCGCUGCCUGCUGUGAAUUCGAGACAUGAGGCUAAAACUACGAAAGGGAAUGCACAGCAGUAUACUGAUCAGUCUUCAAAUAAUAUUGAACUAGAAAAGAAACGUAUCACCGCUGAGUCGUCUAGAUCUGAGGCACCCGAAGAACCUCUUGAUGAAGCAACCUUGAUCGAGCAAAGACGUAAGCGUCGUGAGGCAAUCAAAGCUAAGUAUAGAGGUUCUGCAACACCUUUGCUGGUACAAGCCUUGCAACUGGGAGAUAAGACAGGAGAAUCCACCCCUUCUCGUCAGGAUGACACCACCUCUUCAGCUCAGUCAGCAUCGCCAGCCAUUUCCACUCCUUCGACUCCAACCGAGUCCCAAGAUCCGGCAUCACCUACUGCCUUCGCAAUAUCCAAUGAUCAAGACCUUGCAAAUACCAAAGGAGCCGCAAUCGUCGGUGGUGAUGAUGGGCCGUCUGCGGCAGACUAUGAUCCAACCGAGGACAUGAGAGAGGACAAAGAACGAGAUGUCCAACGACAUCACGAAGAAGAAGUUUCCUCCGGAGCAUAUGAUGAAGUCAAGCAAACCACUGAACAAGAUGUGCUACUUCCUCUUGAACAUGCUCCAACUGACGAAGCCCCGCAAAAGUCCGCUGAUGACUUUGAUAUGUUUGCCGAAGACGAUGAUGAUAUGUUCGCUGAGGAAUCUACACAAGCCGAAAACGCGUCUCAGAAAGUAUCUAAUGAUGUAGCUGAAGCGGUGCGAAUCCCCCAAGCCAAAGAGCUGGAUGUCGGGAUGCUUGACAAUUGGGAUGAUAUCGAAGGAUAUUACAAGGUCAUCUUGGGAGAACUGCUGAAUGGUAGGUACCAUGUACAGGCCAACCUUGGCAAGGGCAUGUUCUCAAGCGUCGUUCGGGCCACGGAUGUGACGACGAGAAAGCUGGUUGCAAUCAAACUUAUCAGAAACAACGAGACCAUGAGGAAAGCUGGGAUGAAGGAGAUUGAAAUUCUUCAGAACCUCAACGAAGCCGACCCGGAUGACAAGAAGCACUUGAUUCGUUUAGAACGGCAUUUCGAGCACAAAGGACAUUUAUGCAUGGUCUUCGAGAAUCUCAGCAUCAAUCUGCGUGAAGUAUUGAAGAAAUUUGGUCGAGAUGUGGGCAUCAAUCUGAGGGCUGUUCGAGCCUAUGCUCAGCAAAUGUUCCUUGGGCUAGGUUUGAUGCGUAAAUGCAACAUUCUACAUGCAGAUUUGAAGCCCGACAACAUCCUUGUCAACGAGUCGCGUAACAUGCUCAAGAUUUGCGAUCUUGGGUCCGCGUCUGACUCAUCUGAGAACGACAUAACACCAUAUCUCGUGAGUCGGUUUUAUCGUGCCCCCGAGAUCAUUCUGGGUAUGCCGUAUGAUUUUGCCAUCGAUGUUUGGUCUGUUGGUUGCACCCUCUACGAACUUUACACGGGUAAGAUUCUAUUCACGGGUCGAACCAAUAAUCAGAUGCUUCGGUCGAUCAUGGAAUGUCGGGGUAAAUUCACAACCAAGAUGCUGAAACGGUCUCAAUUUGCUCACGUCCAUUUUGACGAGAUGGCCAAUUUUAGAAGUGUUGAGCAAGACAAGCUUACUGGCAAGGACACCGUUAAAACGCUCUCCUUCACCAAGCCAUCGCGCGAUUUGCGGACACGCCUCAUGUCUGCAUCCAAGGGGCUCACCGAAGCGGAAACAAAAGAGUUGACACUAUUUGCUGACCUCUUGGAUCGCUGCCUCGCGCUUAAUCCCGAAAAGCGGUGUACUCCCACCGAAGCCUUGAAGCAUCCGUUUAUUCUUAGGAGUGCUAAAUGA